AAGGCUGUCCUCCGCCAGAAGGUGAUCGAGCUGUCGCUGGCCUUCUCGCGCCCGGAUGCCGCCUGCCUCAAGCCGGCGCCCAUGGGGGGCGUCUUCUGCGACAGGCGGCCCGACGGACUCAAGCGCGUGUGUCUGGACCCCGACGUGUUCCCGACGGCCUACUGCCUCGUCUACUCCUUCGGGAUCGGCCAUGACUUCACGUUCGAGGUAGCCAUGUCCAGGUUCGGAUGCGACGUCUACGCCUUCGACAGCGAUCGCUUCCACGCUCAUUACCCGACGUACAUCGGCGACAGACUUACCUUCUACAAAGCGCGGAUUGGCACGACCUUCAUGCGAGAGACUGUGUUCCGUUCCGACGUUCCCGGAGACAAAGGCUUCCUGGUGGAAUACUGGCCUCUGUCGGGCCUCCUACGCCGCCUCGGUCACACACGCCACCACCUCUUCUACCUCAAGCUUGACAUCGAGGGGGACGAGUGGGAGGUCCUCGAGAAUUCGCUGUUUAAGACCGGCCUCCUGGAGCGCGUGCAGCAGCUGGCCCUCGAGAUCCACUUCGAGGACCUCAGGUCAAACGGGACGCGAAGCUCC